CAGCUCUGCUCCGUCCCCAGUGUUAGGCCUCCCGUUGUACUGCAAACUUCAAAAAGAAAGAGACGGAAAAGAGUGGUAACCUCACCUGCGUGUGUCUUUCAGUUUCCAGACACAGAGAGAGAGAGAGAGAGAGAGAGAGAGAGAGAGAGAGAGAGAGAGAGAGAGAAGCAGAGAAAUAUAAACCAUUGCAAUAUGGCCGGUUACGUUGGGAUCUUGGUAUCAGAUCCAUGGCUCCAGAACCAGUUCACUCAGGUCGAGCUCCGCAGCUUGAAAUCUCACUUCAUUGCGAUGAGGAGAGAGAAUGGCCAUCUCACGCUCGCCGAGAUGCCGGCGAAGAUGUCGAGGCUGAAGCACGUCGGAGAGAAUCUCACGGAGCAGGAGAGAGACUCGUUUCUCCGAGAUUCGUACGAGAAAUUGGACGACGACGUUGAUUUCGAACUCUUUCUUCGGGUUUAUUUGAAACUCCAAGCUCAUAUAAGCGCAAGAUUGGGGGGCGGGGCAAAGAACUCAUCUGCAUUCCUCAAGUCUCCAACUUCUACACUGCUUCACACGAUUAGUGCAUCCGAAAAGGCAUCAUACGUCUCACAUAUCAACAACUACCUCGCAGAAGACGAGUUUUUAAAGGGAUACCUUCCGAUAGACCCUUCAACAAAUGAUGUCUUUGAGAUUGCGAAAGAUGGAGUUCUUUUAUGUAAGCUGAUUAACGUGGCAGUUCCCGGUACAAUUGAUGAACGGGCCAUCAAUACUAAGCGAGUGCUAAAUCCAUGGGAAAUGAAUGAAAAUCAUACUCUUUGCCUCAACUCUGCCAAGGCCAUUGGAUGUACCGUAGUCAAUAUAGGGACUCAGGACUUCAUAGAAGGAAGGAGGCAUCUUGUGCUUGGAUUGAUAUCUCAAAUCAUUAAAAUACAAUUAUUGGCAGACCUCAAUUUAAGGAAAACACCACAGUUGGUGCAGUUGGUUGAUGAUAGUAAGGAUGUGGAGGAGCUGAUGAGUUUGGCACCAGAGAAGAUUUUGCUGAGGUGGAUGAAUUUUCAGCUGAAAAAAGCAGAAUACCCAAAAACAAUCACAAACUUCUCUUCUGACAUAAAGGAUGCAGAGGCUUAUGCUCACCUUUUAAAGAUUCUUGCUCCUGAGCACAAUAACCCAUCUACAUUGGCUGUUAAAGAUACAUUAGAAAGAGCAAAGUUAGUUCUUGAACAUGCCGAUAAGAUGGGUUGCAAGAGAUACUUGACUGCAAGAGAUAUUGUAGAAGGUUCUCCAAAUCUGAACCUUGCUUUUGUGGCACAUGUCUUCCAGCGUAGGAAUGGGCUCUCGACCCAAACAAAACAAAUUUCUUUUCUUGAAACCUCACUGGAUGAUGCACUGAUCUCAAGAGAAGAGAAAGCAUUUCGAUUUUGGAUUAACAGCCUUGGUCAUUCAACAUAUAUUGAUAAUGUAUUUGAAGAUCUUAGAAACGGUUGGGUGCUCUUACAGACCCUUGACAAGGUGUCACCAGGAAUUGUCAAUUGGAAGGUUGCAUCUAGGCCUCCAAUUAAAAUGCCAUUCAGAAAAGUAGAGAACUGCAACCAAGUUGUCAAGAUUGGUAAACAAUUGAAGUUUUCCCUUGUAAAUAUUGCUGGGACUGAUAUUGUUCAAGGGAACAAGAAAUUGAUAUUGGCUUAUUUGUGGCAACUGAUGCGAUACAACAUGCUUCAACUUCUAAAGUUGCUGAGAUUCCAUUCCCAUGGUAAGGAGCUUACAGAUGCAGACAUUUUAGAGUGGGCUAACUCCAAAGUGAAGAUGUCAGGAAGCCAGAGACAUAUGGCUAGUUUUAAGGAUAAGGGUUUGUCAAACAGCAUUUUCUUCCUUGAGCUACUAAGUGCUGUAGAGCCUCGAGCUGUUAACUGGAGUCUUGUUACGAAAGGAGAAACCGAGGAGGAGAAAAGGAUGAAUGCUACUUACAUUAUAAGUAUUGCAAGGAAGCUUGGCUGUUCAAUCUUUUUACUUCCUGAAGACGUAACUGAGGUAAAUCAAAAGAUGAUUCUUACAUUGACAGCAAGUAUCAUGUAUUGGUUCUUGAAACAACGAAUAGAAGAAAGGCCAUGUGGAGCUUCAGAUACCGAGAGUGGUAGCCAAUCAGAGACAACCUCAAACUCGACAAUCGAUGACACUGCUUCCGAAUCUUCAACAGAUUGAUAAGUUGAAGAGAUAGGUGGUGAUUUUCUGCAGAACUUGAGAUAAUUUUCUCCAAAGUUCUACCAUAUCUCUUGUUGUAUGAUUUUUUUUUUUUUUUGUUGCCCUUUUUGGUUUGUUUGUUAAAUGAAAGAACAGAAUAUGACAUUGGCAGGGGGUGUUGUGGAAAUUUUGUAGAGAAACUGAUGCAUAUGUGAAUAGCUUCAAGAUUGUAUCAAUACGAUAAAAUGACAACAACUUGUUUCUGUUU